CGGCCACAAGCAACUCCCCGACAACUUUCGGCUGUCGUGCCGAUUUGCGCCGUUGCCAGGUAACCAUUGUAUUAAAACGUGUCCUCUGCUGAAUUAAAUGGUUCUCUCUCCGGCCAUUUAUGGAAACCUUUAAUUCACAGAAAGAGGAGGCACAGAAUGGCCGUCAGGACGCUCUGCAGCAGAUAGCAGCAAAAAUUAUUCAGAGGGCCUGGAGAAGAUAUGUGUGCAAAGAGGUCUUCAGGCACAUCCAGAAGUUGAUCCACCACUGCAAUCAACAGGAUCCACAGACAAUCCUCCGGACUGUCAAUCCUCGAGAGGCGGAGCUGCUAGAUGCUGCUGCAGGGGUAUUUAUCCGGUUUCGACUUGGGGGGGUCGCUUUUCCUCCCAAGGUCUAUUACAAGAUCUACACCUAUCGGCCCAUUGUGGAUCUAUGCUCAAGCAGCCCGAGGGACUACUAUCAGCUCGGGCGUAAGAAGCUGUUUGUACAGAAGAGUGAUCCAGCCCCGAAGCGGACUGAGGAAUCGGGUUGGUAUAAACGUGUAGAGAACAACAACUGGAGGCUGUUCUGUUGCAAGGCGGUCGGCAGCAAUGAACCCAUAGAGACGGGUGUCAACAAGAAAAUAGACUUUCAUCCUUCCAGGAUGCAGCGGAAACAGGAUGUGAGCAAAUGGAAGAAAAGGAAGAAGAUCGAGUGGCUGAAGCAGAUGUACAGGGAGGGCCGCCUGCAGGCUCAUUCAGAUCAGGCUCACAUGACGACUCUGGGUGGGAGCUCAGCUCAGGAAGUGAUGGAGGCCACUGAAGAGAAAGGAGACGAUGAAAUGCUGGAUUGGGACCUGGACGAGCUGUUGAGCUGGACUAACAGUCUGAACUUUGAGGAGUACAUUGCGGAGUGGCAACAACUGGGCUGCAGUCACACAUCUGAGCUAGGAAAAGAUCAUCUAUUAUGUACGCCGAUAUACAUGACUUGAGACCUGAAGGAAGUUAGCUCAAACAGAAUAAAAUCAACAGUGG